AUGCACAUAAGCUAUGGAGAACCUCAGGCGUCACUGGAACCGUCCUUCCUGCUUCUGGGGGUAUUGGUCCACACUCUGCAAGCUUUCCUUCCAACGCAUUUUGAUAUCUCAUAUAUCUUUGUCAAGGCAGAUGGAAAGCAUUCAGGAGGAGCUGAGGAGCAGGUACCAGCGGGAGAAGUCAGGGACCAGGGCAAUUGGCACAGUGAGAGGAGCCAGGUACAAAGGAAUCAGGCACAGCAUGAGGAACCAGGAGCAGGUACCAGCAGGAGAAGUCAGAGACCAGGGCAAUGGGCUAAGCGGGAGAAGUCAGGAAGCAGGUACCAGAAGAAGAAGCCGGGGACCAGGGAAGCAGGCACAGUGGGAAAAGUCAGGGAGCAGAUACCAGUAGGAGGAGCUAGAGAACAAUCCAACAGGCACAGCGUGACGAGCCAGUGGCAGCUGAAAGGAAUGGGAUUUAACAAGGAGGAUCACAGAACAUCAGAUAAAGAAGAACAUAUUCGAUCAUCAGGUUCUUCCAAUUUGACUUUCAGCCACGUUACCGAAUUCAUCAUCUAUGGAUUCCCGAGUCUUCAGAACUACCAGACUUUGCUUUUUUGUGUGUUUCUUUUUAUCUACCUCUUCUCGCUCAGUGGUAAUGGCAUCAUCUUCCUCCUGGCCAUUCUGGACCAAAGGCUACAGACUCCAAUGUAUUUCUUUGUCAGCAAUUUGUCUUUCCUAGAUAUAAGCUACACCUCGGUCACCAUCCCGAAGAUGUUGGCAAAGUUCUCGAUGCACCUUGAUACCAUUUCCUUCACCGCCUGUUUUGUGCAGAUGUAUAUGUUCCUGUCUUUAGGAGCAACAGAGUGUUUACUUCUGAGUGUAAUGGCCUAUGAUCGAUAUAUUGCAAUAUGCUCUCCUUUACAUUAUGCAGCAAUUAUGACUAAGAGAUUAUAUAUAAUUCUAUCAGCUACAGCAUGGUCUGGGGGAUUUAUAACCCCAGUCACUGUUUUAAUCCUAGCCCUGAAGUUACCUUUUUGUGGUCCUAAUAUCAUCCACCAUUACUACUGUGAUCACCCACCAUUGCUGCAGCUGGCUUGCACCAACACAUCCCUCAAUGUUGCAGUUGGAUCUUCAAUUGCUGCCUUUCUUCUUUUGAUAAGUUUUACCCUUGUUAUUAUUUCUUACAUUAAAAUAAUAAUAACAAUCCUCAAAAUAAAUUCCAAUGAUGGGCGCAGAAAAACAUUUUCCACAUGCGCUUCCCACUUCACGGUGGUAAAUAUAUUUUUCCUGCCACUCAUCUUCAUGUACGUUCGGCCAACGGCAUCCUACUCCUCAGAUGUGGACUCCAUAGUGGCCAUGCUGUACACAGUAUUAACGCCAAUGAUGAAUCCCAUCAUAUACAGCCUGAGAAAUAAGGACAUUAACAUUGCUUUUAGGAAGAAAAUACAAUUUAAAAGUUUCUAG